AUGGCAAGAAGGAUUUGGAUUGACGCGACGAUCACUACAUUUACGAUGAUGACGUUACUCAGUAUUUCCGCCGGCAAUGUUUCUGUGCAACUCCAAGCGAUGACGCCCGACACAUUCAGCACGAAAUCCGGAAUCAAACUACUUUUCAUGGCAUGCCUCAAUUUCUUCAUAAUCCACUCUCCCAAUUAUGUCACUUCGAUACGAAAUUUCCAGUUGUGGAACCAAGUGUACGAGCCGCCCAAUGGGAAACCUGGAUAUGCCUCCACACGCUACACUAAAUCGGACAUUCCGGAGCUAAUCAAGGCACCAAAUUCAAUUCUAGACUAUUUAGCACUGUAUUCUGGCCCUACACCUAUUCACUUCUCUUAUUUCCUACAUUCUUAUUCGUCCCUCUUCAAGUCAUCCUCCGACCCUAUUUCGGUCAUAAAUGGGAGGAUCCUCUUUUGCUCCAUGUUGCCGAUGAAGGUGUAUGCAGUCCAUGGGUCGAAAGCUGUCCGCAAGGCAGUCUUUCCUUGGAGAUAG